GAGCUAGCUCAGUGCUGUGUGAGCCCAGCAGGUGUCUGGCUGUUCCCCAAACAGCUCUGUGACCCUGUGGUAUCGCUCACACUCUCUGAGCUUCUGGACACAGUUGGUAGGGAAGUUAAGGCUUGGGCCUCUCAGAAGUGUGGAAUCUUGGAUUCUAUCUUCAGUUCUGCUGUAACUGUGAAGGGUAAGAGACUGCAGUUUGGUAACUCAGCGGGUACCCCAGUCCAGAACUAUCUUCUGAAGAGAGGGCUUUCUCCUGGACCCUUUUCCUGAGCCUCAGGGGAAUAAGGAGUCUGACUGGUGUGGGAUUCUGUAAAAAAAAAAGAUUCUGGGGCCACAGAUUGUUUGCAGCCAAAAUAUCCUGUCUUUGGGAUCACACCUUCCAGACAAAAGCUUGGGCUUCUUAUCUGCUGCUACACGACCAGGUACAGAGCCAUGAAGAAUCGGUUGGUGAUGCUGGGCCUGUUGGCGGUGGUUGUGGUGGCUGUUGUCAUUGGCCUCUGCCUUUGGCUGCCCUCCUCUUCCAGGGGAUCUGACCAUGUGUACCGUAAAGCAGCGGUAGCUGCAGAUGCUAAGCGCUGCUCAGAGAUUGGGAGGGACAUGCUGCUGGAGGGCGGCUCAGCAGUGGAUGCAGCCAUCGCUGGGUUGCUGUGCAUGGGACUCAUGAAUGCACACAGCAUGGGCAUUGGGGGCGGCCUCUUUCUCACCAUAUACAACAGCACCACACGAAAAGUUGAGAUCAUCAAUGCUCGUGAGGUAGCUCCUCGGCUGGCCCAUGAAAAAAUGUUCAAUGACUCCAAACAGUCUGAAGAAGGUGGGUUAUCUGUGGCAGUUCCUGGUGAGAUCCGUGGCUAUGAAUUGGCCCACCGGCGGCAUGGACGGCUUCCAUGGUAUCGCCUCUUCCAGCCUAGCAUCCAGCUGGCUCGAGAGGGCUUCCCAGUGGGCAAGGGCCUGGCAGGGGCCCUGAAAAGAAAACAGGAUGUCGUUGAACAGACACCUGCCCUGUGUGAGAUUUUCUGCCGCAAUGGGAAAGUGCUCCAGGAAGGAGAUAUAGUGACCAUGCCACGGCUGGCUGACACCUAUCAGACACUGGCCGAAGAGGGCCCCCAGGCCUUCUACAACGGGAGCCUCACUGCCCAGAUUGUAAAGGACAUCCAGGAGGCUGGAGGCAUUAUGACAGUUGAGGACCUGAACAACUACCAAGCAGAGCUGAUUGAGAACCCAUUGAGCACCAGGCUUGGGGACUCCGUGUUGUAUGUGCCCAGUGCUCCUCUCAGUGGGCCUGUGCUGAUUCUAAUCCUGAACAUUCUCAAAGGUGAGCGGCCCCACCAUAGCCCUGCUGAGAGGUCUGAGACAUACUGCCUGCUGCCGCUUUUCCCUUUUCAUGCUCGCUCCCUGCUGUAUCCUUGUCUUCUUGGUCACCAUCUCUUCCUUUACUGUGCUGAGUCUGCUUUCCCGUCUGUGUCCUGGAAAGCCCCCGAAGUUUUAGGAUGCAAGAGGAUUGUGAUCAGACCCAUGGUCAGGGGAUUCUUGGGACCUGCUCGGACAACCCUGUGCCCCCUCUCCGCGCUCCCUUUCCACCUCCUUAGGCCAGCUCUGGGGUCUCGGCAGGUCAUUCGCAACAUGAGCUCUGAGUUCUUCGCUGCCCAGCUCCAAGCUCGCAUCACUGACAACACCACUCACGUGGCUUCGUACUAUGAGCCUGAAUUCUACAAUCCGGAUGAUGGGGGCACCAGCCACUUGUCGGUGGUCUCAGAGGAUGGCAGUGCUGUGUCCACCACCAGCACCAUCAAUCUCUACUUCGGCUCUAGGAUCCUUUCCCGGGUCAGUGGCAUCCUGUUCAAUGAUGAGAUGGAUGACUUUAGCUCGCCUAACUUCAUGAAUCAAUUUGGAGUGUUCCCAUCACCAGCCAAUUUCAUCAGACCAGGGAAGCAGCCAUUAUCAUCCAUGUGUCCAUCCAUUAUUGUGGGUCCGGAUGGGAAAGUCCAGAUGGUGGUGGGAGCCUCUGGGGGUACACAGAUCACCACAUCCACUGCACUGGCUAUCAUUUACAACCUGUGGUUCGGCUAUGAUGUGAAGCGGGCAGUGGAGGAGCCCCGGCUGCACAAUCAGCUUUUGCCCAACACCACAACUGUGGAAAAACACAUUGAUCAGGCUGUGGUUGAAGCCCUGAAGGCCCGGCACCACCAUAUCGAGGUCACUUCUACCUUUAUCGCUGUGGUCCAGGCCAUUGUCCGAACAGCUAGUGGCUGGGCAGCCGCCUCAGAUUCCAGGAAAGGUGGAGAGCCAGCUGGCUAUUGAAUGCUUGGAUGAACAAGACUGAUCAGAAACCUAGGGACAAGAAUCGCGACAGGGACUUUGGAGGACAUGCUCUUUCUGAGAGUGGCAGAACAACAUAAAAUAAAUGGAGACUGCAGUGCUGGGCUCUGGGAAGCCUGAGUGGCAGGCUCCCCACUCCUUGGG